ACCUCCGCCGUCGCCCUGCGAGGUCGCCGCCCUCGCCGCUGCCGUCGCCACAGUCGCCGGGGCCGCCGCGAAGCCAGGACUGCCGCAGCCGAGCCUGCGACGCCCGUGACGCGGGGCCUGGGAGCCGCGCAGCCCGGGGCGCCGAGGAGAGGACGAGGGAGGCCGAGCGGCCAUGCGGCCGGCGCGGAGGUGAAGGAUGCUGGCGGGCAGGCCCGGAGCCCAGAGCGCAGGCGUGGGCGCCGGACCCCCAGAGGCGCCGGGCGCCCGGGACGGCGGCGGGCGACCGCGACCCGGCGCUUACCUAGAUAUGAAAAUCCAUCUUGAGAAAAAUUUAGAAGAAGAACGCCAGAUACUACUACAGCAACAAAAACUAUGUCGGAAUCGAGCACGUAAAUAUUUCAUGGAGUCAAACCGGAGAAGAAAAGCUUUCGAAGAGAAACGCCAAAAGCAAGAGGAAAGAGAAUAUCAAAUUAGAGAACGGAUCCUGCAGCAGAGAAAGCAAAAGUUUGAAGAGGUUACUGAAAAAUUCCAGCGUGCCCACGUUCCUGUUUCUCAGAGAAGGAGAGCAGUUUUUCAAAAUCCAGUUCCUCCAUUAGAAGAGGCCCUAAAACAAAUUCAAGAGUCCAACUUAAAAUCAGAAGUAAACAUUCCUCUUUCCCACAGGCCAGCAGCAAACUGGCGAGCUAUAGAUUCUGCCUUGCCUUCAACAUUGUCAAAAAAUGAUCACAAGCAUCAAAAACAUCUCGUACGCAGAAUUAACCAUAAUAAAGAAAUGAAGGAAAACAACACAGCAAACCUGGCUUCUAACAAAAAUGUGUUCCAGCUUAAACUGGAGGAGACACAGAAACUCCUAGAGAAUCAACAUUUAAGUGAUUUGCAAAAAUUUUGUGAUGAAGUUAAUCAGAUAACCAAUUCUGAAACUCUCUCAAGUAUAGACAGUCUUGAGGCUGGAGAGCGUGAAGAAAUAUACAUCACACUUAGUAUGAAGCCUUCCACGUCAACCCAGCAGAACUCUGUUCCCCUUAAGUCAGCAAAUCUACAAGCAGCUCAUUUAAGCUGCUUUGAUGAAGAGAAACUGUCAUUCUCUAAAACUCAGCAUAUAAACAAUUGGCUUACAAACUUAGAUGCUCAAAAUACUCAGCCUGUUGCAUCUUUUUCAGAUAUUUUAAUUAAAUCUAAUGUUCUGCCCUCAUGGGAAUGUUUAAAUAGUAAAGAACAAAAUCCACCUGCUUUGAGCAGAGCUGUGGGAAGAACCACAAGAACUACUAGUGACUCAGUGGUCUUUGUGUGCAGUCCGUCCGUAGUUGCACUAGAUAAAAAAGGAGAAAACACUGCUGAAAGUAAUGUUGUGAGGACAAGUGAGCCCACUGAUGGAGCACUCCUAAGGGAGAGGCCACCACAAACGGAGAGCCCAACAUUUAAAGUCAGUCGAGCCUGGACUGCUCCAGAACCUCUGGCCCAGGAAACAGCUUCAUUUUCCAUCCAAGAGAGACCUUCUUGGGAAAGCAGAACUGCUUCAAUUCCUGCUUCAUCUGGACCAGUUUUAUCACCUAAUUCACAGUCAGGUGGGCCUUUAGCAGAGAACAACACACAAAUAAAAGAAAUUGACCCUGUGCAGUGCUCUGAUAAGUUAGAUGAAUUGAAAAAUAUGAAACAUGAAAAGAUAAACCAUCUUAACUGUAAUAAAGAAAAGUCUUUAUUUUCACACAAUUUUCAGACAACCUGUGCACUUCAAAAUUCUAAUUCAAAUGAUAGAAAACAAAAAGAGAGUGGCCCAUCAGCACCACUGUGUAACAACCCUCCUGACUGUGACUUGCCAGACCAGCACAGCAUAAAACACAGUGUCCAUGAACAAAAUGGGGUGCGGCUGCUUAAGAGUAUAUUAAAGAAAGAAUCCAGAUAUGAACAUAAUUAUUUGAGAGCAUUAGUUAUGAAUCAAGGUUUUAAGUUUAGGCACCAAAAGGCAGAAACUAUUAGAGAUAGUAUUGAAUUAACAAAACAGAAAGGGAAAGGUGCAGAAAUAUCAAAGACUAGUAAAAAACUGCGGUGGUUCGAUGAAAGUGCUAACUUAGAAAAUGGUGUAGAUGAUGGCCACCCAGUGAGGAACAGAGCAGGAAUGGCUCCACAGUGGUUACAGCACUGUCACACUAACAGUGGCACCUACAACCUGACAAGUAUUCCUGAGUGUCCUGUACAUUCUGCUGCUGGAAAGAAAGCCAAGGCUGAUUCUGUCCCAGAAAAUGUUACUGAUUUAGGAGGCUAUGAAAUGGACAGUGUGCCUUUGAACUCUUCUGUAUCUUUAGGCUAUAGCUUUGCCAAACAAGCCUGGUCGGCCUGCAGAAGAGGAGAGAGCAAAGCCCCUGUACAUGCUAGUGACUCUAAGACUCAAAAGACUAAGCCUCAGAGAGGAGUAAAAUUCACUAGAAGAACGGGGUCUUCAAAGGUCCAGAAAGGAUUUGUACAGAACAGAAAACCCACUGUCAGCCAGCCACAGUCUUCAAGUAAAACCAACACAGUGGCCCAAACUCAGGGUAAACAAAUUAUAACUCAUCCUCCACCUAAACCACCAACAAACAUUAAAAGUGGUAAAAAUAUGCAAGUGUCUCCAUGUCAGUCAGCCAUACCUGAACAUUCUCAAAAUGUCAUGACACAGAGCUGUUUAAGUUCAGCAUCUGUGCUUUCAACAGAGUACCAUUUGAACCAGGGGACUCAAGAAAGUAGUCUCCACUUCUCAGACACUUGUUCUAACCUCCCUGCUGUGAGUCCAGCUCUACCAACUCCUUACUCUUCUGAGUGCCAAACCUCAGCAAAAGCCAAUUCAAAUGGCACAGCUUUCCAGAAAGACGGAGCAGUAUAUUGUACCCAUAGAAGUCCUGUUUGUGAAGAAAGCUACCAGUCUUUGACUCAUAGGAAUACUGAAGAAGAAUCAGUUCUCCCAUGGAGAAAAAGACUCAAUGGACACCAAAAUGAGAGGACCACUGAUUCUACUGUUACAAGAAGAAAGCAAAUUGUUGAAAAUAAAUGGAAAAGGCUGUUAGAACAGAAAAGGAAAACCUCUGGAUCUAUAGGAAUGAAGUACACCGAGCAAAUAAGUCAUUUUGGACAAAAUAUUCCACCAAGUACAAGUGAACAAAUACAAGCUUCAAGAGGUGUCAAGGCUGAAGAAGGUAGUACUUCUGAGUUUUUGGUGGCAGAAAACCUCAUAAAUUCUUCAGUGCCUGAAGAUGAAAUUUUGACUGCCAUAAACAGCAAGCAGCUACAGAAACCAAAUCUGUCCCAACCAACCAAUGUCUGUGCGCUCUCAGUUGAAGAGCAGAAGAUCCUGCAGUCUCUCCAUCACCUCGAUGAAAGGCUAUACUAUGUACAAGAAGCAAUUCGCAAAAACCCUUCCAUCAAAAAUACAUUACAAUUAAUACCACUUCUGCUCCUCCCCUCCCACCUCCUUUCUCCCUCAGAUCCAUUCCCCAACCGUUUCCCUUCAGAAAAGAUGAGGCCUCCAAGAGACAACAACCAAAUCCGACAAAAGAAGAUACAAUAAGACGAGGCAAAGGCCCUCACACCAGUGCUGGACAUGGCAACCCUAUAGGAGGAUGCAUCCCAAGAGCAGGCAAAAUUGUACUUUUUUUUAAUGCCAGAAAGAGGCCUUCUGGUCUCUGCAGCUUCACCCUGUUGCUCCCUGGGAACUUAUCCUCUAUCCUGGCACUGUUUGGGGUCUCCAUUGCUCUUGCCACCUUACCUGCCUUUUUCCAGGUUCUUCUUCAGGACAUGACUGCAAGCCUCCAUCUGGGAAGGCUAUUUCAGCCCAAGCUUUCUCCAUGUUGGCCCCUCUGCAGCCUGACCAACUCUGGUUCUUCUGUGCAUCUGACACUCUGAUAGGGCACAGCUAGAAAAAGGAAGGUAGCUCCUGAAGCAGCAGGUGAACUGUGCAAUGUAACGGGGUUGCCAUGGGACCGCCAAGGCCCUACAGUUGCUUAGGUGUAAAUUAUCAAAGUAAAAACCCUACAAAUCUUAGAAGUUUCAUUUUAGAGUAUCUUGUUUAGUUUUAAAAUAAAAUAAAUUUAAUGAAUUUUUAAGAAGCAAGUUAUUUCUUCGGCCUAAAAUAUAUGUUAAACAGCCCCAGAAUCUUAUAUGACUUCCAAAUAUUUCUGUAAAAUACAAACAAGGAAGGAAGGAACAGAUGACAAAAAAGUUCCUCUGCAUUGUAUUGUGGUUUUUGAAACAGGACAUCAUAUAGCUAGCCAUGAACACUUAGUCCUCCUGCCCCUCACCUCCCAAGAGCUGAGAUUAUAGGGUGCACACCACACCUGGCUUCAGAAAGCUACUCUUAAGGAUCUGGAGAGGUGGCUCAGUAGUAAGUCCUGCUACGCAGCAUGAGGACCUGAGUUCAGAUCCCUAGCGCCCACAUAAAAACGGAUAUGUAGUCUCUGGAUCAUCCCUUAGGCACAGAAGCAGACCUCAGGGUUCCACUGGCCAGUCAGCCAGAAUGGUGAUCUCCGGGUUCAGUGAAAAGACCCUGUCUCAAAAGAGUAAUAAUAAUUAAGUUGGAGAGAAAAAAUGCCUAGAGAGAGCCUCUGGCCUACAAGUGCACAUGCAGACAAGCACAUCUGCCCAUGCAGCACCACAUCACUCAUACACUCAAAGGAAAUUCCUUCAAAGCACAUAUUACCAAUAGUAAAAUAUGAAAAUUGUAAAUUAUUACUGUCUAUAGGAUGCCCUACAAAGAGCAGGAUACAGCAUCGUUGAAAUUGAUGAAUGUACUAUUUUGAUUUGAGUUUUAGUCUUCUUAAAAGUCAUGAUCUGAAAAGAGAAUGACCUGUAAACAUCUGCAGACAUGACUGUUAAGAAAACCCUCUGAACUCUCUUACAGAGCAGCCAGCCAAGGGCAAGUCUGUCUCCUGAUGUUGGAUCCACAGUGCAAAGAAAAUACUGAUGAGCUGGGACAGUCACUACUCAGUGGAAUCAUUAUAAAUUCUGUACUUCUGCAUUUAUUAAUGAUUUAAAAUACUAGACUUUUAUGUUUAUAAAAGUAAAUCAUAAUGUACUUAAUGGAAAUGAAU